AUGGAGUACUACUGCAAGUGCAUGUGUUUUGCCUUGAUCUUCAUGUUGGGAGCCUUGUCUUCUCACGCCACUUCUCGCACUCUUCAAGAUGCAUCAAUGUAUGGGAAAUACGAGCAAUGGAUGGCUCGUUAUGGACGUGUAUAUACCGACAUUAACGAGAAGGAGAAGCGUUUCAAUAUAUUCAAAGCAAAUGUGGAUUUUAUAGAAUCUUCCAACAACGACGCAAAUAAACCAUACAAAUUGAAGGUCAAUCAAUUUGCAGACCUUACAAAUGAAAUAAUAGUUAUCAAAUAUGAAAAUGUUACAGCACCAGCUACUAUAGAUUGGAGAAAGAAAGGAGCUGUAACACCCAUCAAGGACCAAGGCCAAUGUGGAUGUUGCUGGGCUUUUUCAGUUGUGGCAGCUAUGGAAGGGAUUACUAAGCUUACAACUGGUAAAUUGAUAUCUUUGUCUGAGCAGGAGCUAGUCGAUUGUGACACAAGCAGUGUGGACCAAGGUUGUGUGGGUGGUCUAAUGGAUGAUGCAUUUCAGUUCAUCACUCAAAACCAUGGGCUUAGUACCGAAACUAAUUACCCUUACACGGGUGUUGAUGGUACUUGCAACACCAAGAAUGAGGCCAGUCAUGCAGCCACGAUAACUGGCCACGAAGAUGUGCCUGCAAAUAGUGAAGCUGCCCUUUUGAAGGCUGUUGCUAAUCAACCAAUUUCUGUUGUCAUUGAUGCUGGUGGUUCCGACUUUCAAUUUUAUUCAAGUGGUGUCUUUACAGGAACUUGUGGAACAAGUCUUGAUCACGGGGUUACUGCAGUUGGUUUUGGAGUAAGUGCUGAUGGGACCAAGUACUGGUUGGUGAAGAACUCAUGGGGCGCAGAAUGGGGUGAAGAAGGGUACAUAAGAAUGCAAAGAGAUGUUGAGGUAAAGGAAGGUCUUUGUGGCAUUGCUAUGGAAGCCUCGUACCCCACUGCAUAA